GCCUUUUUCUUUCAUUUUAGUCUGAAAACUGGAUUCUUAAAGUGGAAACCAGAUUAUGACAGUGCAGCUACUGAGUAUGGGAAGGCAGCUGUUGCUUUUAAGAAUGCCAAGCAGUAUGACCAGGCAAGGGAAGCCUGUUUACGGGAAGCCGAGGCACAUGAAAACAAUAAAGCUCUCUUCCAUGCUGCUAAAGCUUAUGAACAAGCUGGCAUGAUGUUAAAGGAGAUGCAGCGACUUCCUGAAGCGGUUCAGCUGAUCGAGAAAGCCAGUAUGAUGUACCUAGAGAAUGGAACACCAGACACAGCGGCUAUUGCACUGGAACGGGCUGGGAAGUUAAUAGAAAACGUGAGCCCAGAGAAGGCUGUACAGCUCUAUCAACAGGCAGCAUCAGUGUUUGAAAAUGAAGAACGUUUACGGCAAGCUUUAGAAAUGCUAGGGAAGGCAUCAAGACUUCUAGUCAGAGGACGCAGGUUAGAUGAGGCUGCAUUGUCUCUGCAAAAGGAGAAAAGUAUUUAUAAGGAAAUUGAAAAUUAUCCAACAUGCUAUAAGAAAACUAUUGCUCAAGUCUUGGUUCAUCUUCACAGAAAUGAUUAUGUUGCUGCAGAAAGAUGUGUGAGGGAAAGCUAUAGUAUACCAGGAUUUAAUGGAAGUGAAGACUGUGCUGCACUAGAGCAACUUUUAGAAGGGUAUGACCAGCAAGAUCAGGAUCAAGUGUCUGAAGUCUGUAAUUUACCACUCUUCAAGUACAUGGACAAUGAUUAUGCCAAGCUAGGUCUUACUUUGGUGGUCCCGGGAGGUGGAAUCAAGAAGAAAUCGCCAAAUGCUGCACAAGACAAAGCAAGAGGACCAGCCACGGUGGGGUCUCAUGCUGAGGAGGAGGAGGAUGAAUAUUCUGGUGGACUCUGCUAGUUGCAGACACAUGUUGUCUUAAAUACCUGACUUGUUUGUGAUGUUGAGCAUAUCCAAAGGUACUAGAUUUAUCAGUACUUCAUUGCAAUCAUGAUAUGGGAAUGCUAAUGUUAACUUGGCAGCUUUUGGGUACAAAAUAGGAAAAAAAGCAUGAUUGUACCUAUCAUCUUGAAGCGCUUUUGGAUUCCAUUUCUUACCUGGUAGGAGUUUUCUCAAAGCCCUUCCUUCAGUUGAUGGGAAAAAUGAGAGAGAAUUUUUUAUUAAAAAGCAUAGUUAGGAAGAAACCAAAAUUUUGAACAGAAGCAUUGGGGUAGGGAGAGGGGAACAAAAUUCGAAAUGCUGGAUUUUGACAGCUGGCACUUAUUAGUCCCUAGAACACACCUGUGAUUACUUCCUAACCUAAGAUCGUUCAUCUUGACGUUUAUCUCCUGUCUAACGUUAUCUAAGGAAGACUGUACUAGAUAGUGCUUAUAGUAGUGCAAAAAUCUCUGGUGGGAGCAUUGUGUUUAUUUUGAACAUGAUUUUACCCCACUAAUGAAUAUUGUUUUAACAUCUUAUUUUUUGCAAGAACUAUCUGCAUGAAUCUGGAAAAUACUAGGUCAACUGGAAGCCAUUUCGCGAGCUUAAAGAAGUACGUACGUACACACAUACACCCCCCCCCCCCCCCAACCUUUCAUCCCAAGAGCAUUAUUGACCUGAAGUCUGGAAAAACAUGUUUGCGUAGUGUUUGUUGUGUAUCUUGGGAUGAAAGGAUUGGACAGCCUUUCUUGUGUUAGUAGUCUUUCCUGAGAAGAGCAUACCCUAAUCAAAACAGAAACUGAAGGUAACAGAUAAUAUGCAUUGAAAAUAAAGCUCUGCAGAUAAGCUUUACCAAAAACCUAGGGUGAAAUGUUUGUUAAUGUGUUUGAGCUUUGUGAGUGCUUAAGGUAAUCAUUUCUAAUCAAUACUGUAGGCUGCAAAGGCAUUUAUUUCUUUUAUAUUUUCAAGACAUAAAACAGCUGUCUUCUAGAAAUGGCAUUUUUCAAACUAGCUUAGAGUUUAUCAACAACAACAAAGUCAUAUGAAACAUCUACUGAGUAGUCUUCCAGAGUAACCAAUUUUUAAAGUAUCUUCUGCAUUUUAAUUUGAUUUCAAGUUGUCAUGUCUUGUGCAAGCUUCCAUAAUGUCUCAAUUUUAAAAUUUUAUGCCUAAAAGUUGAUGACCCUAGAAGUUGUACCUGCAGUCUGCUUUUCAGAAGAACUUAAUCGAGAUCUACACUAGAGUGACAUCACUUGGUAUCCACUUGGGAUAUGUGUAUGUGUGGUAUGUGAUGCCCAGAUUUCAAUAAAAGUAGACGAACAGCAUGACAUAAGUGCCAGUGCAGUUUCUGCUAUGUUAAGGAAUUAAUGUCUUCAAAAAUGUCAGGCAUGGCUAACUGAAUUCAGAAGAAGGUAAAUUUUUAGAAGGCUUAUAUUAACUUGCCUUGCAGUGGAUAAUACCGUUCUUAGUAGCAUUGUGAUGGGUGUGCCAGCUAUGCUUAAGAUUCCUGUGCAGGGUGAGUUUGAUAACACUAACAGCUGCUUAGAAGUCACAUUGUUCAAUUACAUGGGUGUUUGAAGAACUGUUUUUCCUUUGACUUAUGUAAUAAUAGGCUUGGACUUUAAAGCUAUUUGAAACUACACCUGUAGUUCCUUGUCUCCAAGAUAGUUUCCAUUUGUUAUUAAGGAAGUUGCACUUCCACAAAAUAGCUUAAAUGAAAUUUUAGGGAGUGAGUUGCUUUUUUUUUAAUUUGUCAUAAUGAUUAGGAAUUUACAAGAAAAGUGGUUUUGAAGACCUUCCUAUAACUUAACUUUUCUCACCAUUGGAGUUCACUCCAGUUUACUCAACUUCUGCCUUCUGGAUUUUUUCGGGAAGAUGAUGAUGCACUUAUGGGGAACUUUUAAAAAUAAUUUCUAAAAAAAACUGCACAUUUAGAAGCACUAGGAACACUAAUUUUUCUUCAAGCUUUUCCUGCUGCAGAUGGCAUCAUUGUACUGCUUCUGAAAUUAAUUUUGUUCAGUAGUCGAAAGGAGCCUACUUCUUCUAUGCAAACAGAAGAGAUAUCUGAGAAGACAACAGGCGUAAGGGAAUAAAGGUUAGGAGUCUUGUGUCUGUCUUUGAAAGGACUUGCAGACUUCAUUUAAACUGCCCUUAUAACACUAGCAAACUCUUAAAAGAAACAUUCGAGUCUAUGCCGUCAGUUUUUCAACAAAGACUACUUCUCAUGUAGCCAACAAAGAAUUUAGAUAUGCAAGGCUGUCGUCUUCACUCCUCCAGCUUUUUUCUUUUUUUCCUGGCUAUCGAACAUCCCUGUGCCAAGAACAGAAAAUCUGGGACAAAAAUAAUUGGUACUAAACACGUUAAGCUGCCAUUGAACUGAAAGGGGCUUGUCUCAAUCUUAGGAAAAGAAUCUUAAUAUUUGAUUGCGGUGUUGCUUCAAAGACCAAAUCUGCAGAAAUGGAAGUGGCUGAAAAUGAAAUAGUCUAUUUUAUAUAACUUAUUAUUUUAUUUUAGGUAAUGAAAGUGAAAUAGAAUGUUAACUGCCUUUUAGUAAAUGUUUAACUAUAAAAAAAAAGCUAUCUGGAUAUUAUGUGUUAGUGUUGUUUCUAUCUUUCAAAACAAUUUGCACACUUUUGUAAAUAUUCAUGUGGUUUAAAUGAAAAUAUACCAUUUAGAGCAGGAAAAAGUUCCCAAAAACAUUGAUGCCUGUAAGAAAAAUAAAAUGGAUUUGUGCAUGAAGACUGAGAUGAUCAAUAUAAUGUAUAUGUAAAAUCAGAUGUUUUCUAAAUUAUCUCUAACUUAAGACUCACUAUGCCCAAAGGCAGUAUGAAGUGUUCAAGCAGUGUGAAACCUGUGCUUUUUGUUCCUUUUCCAAAUCUGUGUGGUAUAUUAGAGUAUGAAAUGUUUUUGUAUCAGCUCUACAGAUGCUGCCUCUGUGAAGAAGAGGUUAUGUGUUCCACCAGUAUCAAAAAUAAAACUUGAAACUUACA